AAAGUGACAGUGGUUUGUUGUUUACAUACGUUUUAGCCGGAUAUUUUAAUCGUGAUCUAUCGUUACAACGAUUGUCCUGUUGGAAUAAAAAUUAUUCCUUGAUUUAAUUGCUUCAGGUUGACUAAUUCAUAACACUGGUCUAAUUAUUAUCUGCUUCUCUUUGAAAAUGCUCAAUGCUCUGGGAGUUAUAGUUUCGGGAAGGCUUGUGCAAACAGAUUUCCAGCAGAUGUCUGAAACCCAAUUUUUAAUAAAUAUUCCGGAAGCCGACAAUGUGAAUCACGUUGUUGUGUUUCUAACUGGAACGAUUCCUUUCCCUGAAGGGAUGGCCGGUGCCGUUUAUUUCAGUUGGCCAGAUCCAAAUGCACCACCGAUGUGGCAACUUCUUGGGUUUAUUUCCAACAGCAAACCAUCGGCUAUCUUCAAAAUAUCUCAGCUCAAAAAAUUAGAUGAAAUGGUUACGAAUGGUCAAUUAAACGUUUUCGGUUCCAAUUUGCCUAUAUCACAUAUAGCACAGAUCGGCGUCUCGAUUGAACCCGAAGCUUCACUCUUGCAACAAACACCAGCAACUACAACAGCGGACACAUAUUAUCAAUUCGGUCAGAAAAUGAUCGAAAACUUCUUCAACUUCGUGAGCAGCUUCUCUCUGACGCAAUCGCAAAUGGUGGUCAAUCCGAACGAAACAUUUGUACCGUUGUCCACAGUGCAGACAUGGUUCAAUAAUUUUAGCCGACGGUUGCAGCAGAAUCCCAACUUCUGGAAAAGCUAAGGUAAUCGACGCUAGUCAGACAGCGAACAUGCUGGCAAUCUAUACAUCGAUCGAUGGGACAGGCAACAGGAAUGUGUAACUAUUGGCAAGGCAGAGUUGAGCAGGAACCGCCGGAUGAUUAAAGAAAGUGAUUGUUCUAUGUUAUAUUUACAUCACAUGUCACGUUUUUUUUCGCAUUUCAUUCAAUAUGACAAAUAUUAGCAUACGUUGGAAUAAAUUAUCGUUUGAAUGUAAAGAUUA